AUUCCGGAAGUUGGCAUGAACCGAGAAAGCUACAACUACAUUCUUGCGACUCUGGUAUGUCAAGGUCAUAACAUUUCAAUAAAAUUAAUAUUAAAAUAAUAUACAACGGAAGCUUUUAUGUUCCAACUUUUUUAUUUUUUGUUAGAAAAAAAUAUAGGUCUCUCUAAUCUCAAAAAUUAAAAAAAAUACAAAUAACUUGCUGAUGGUAGUAGGCCCACUUGUCUCUUGUAUUCCCUGCUUUAACUGCCACUUGUCUCUUGUAUUUCCUGCUUUAACUGCCAUUUGUCUCUUGUAUUCCCUGCUUUAACUGCCACUUGUCUCUUGUAUUCCCUGCUUUAACUGCCACUUGUCUCUUGUAUUCCCUGCUUUAACUGCUACUUGUCUCUUGUAUUCCCUGCUUUAACUGCUACUUGUCUCUUGUAUUCCCUGCUUUAACUGCUACUUGUCUCUUGUAUUCCCUGCUUUAACUGCUACUUGUCUCUUGUAUUCCCUGCUUUAACUGCUACUUGUCUCUUGUAUUUCCUGCUUUAACUGCCACUUGUCUCUUGUAUUCCCUGCUUUAACUACCACUUGUCUCUUGUAUUCCCUGCUUUAACUGCUACUUGUCUCUUGUAUUCCCUGCUUUAACUGCUACUUGUCUCUUGUAUUCCCUGCUGUAACUGCUACUUGUCUCUUGUAUUCCCUGCUUUAACUGCUACUUGUCUCUUGUAUUCCCUGCUUUAACUGCUACUUGUCUCUCGUAUUCCCUGCUUUAACUGCUACUUGUCUCUUGUAUUCCCUCGUUUGAAAUGAACUUUUAUCAUUUCUGUUUGGGACAGCACUAACUCAUCUAAAUGUCAUUUAUAAUUUUUAUAUUAUAAUCAUUAAUAUUCCAGUAUUUUGAAUUCGACAAGAGAUGUCACGUUGUGGUGCAUUAAAUUCAAAAUGUUCAUUCGCUCAUUUAUUAGAUACUUCUUGCACUUAGCACUAACGUACUCCACGAUUUGAUUAGCUAAUGUUCUUUUUCUCAGUGUUUUUUUUUUUUUUUUUUUGGGGGGGGGGUCCUUUUCUGUUUACGGAAGAUGAUUGAUUCUUACCAUUCCCGUCUUUCGUUUCUUUGGGUCUUCUUUUUGCAAGCUUGUUAAGUACCACGCGUCUCAUGUUUUCUCAAUGUUGACAGGACAUUGUUAAUUUAGACCUGUCUCGUCUGCACCACGGUGGGGCUACCGUCACUGGAUUUCAGAUGAUUGACGUCAGCAGUCCCCACGUUAGGGUUAUUCUGGAAACGUGGAAAAAUCUCGAUCCGGGGAUAUGGCCCGGGGCAGGCUCUGCUUUACUUCCGGUAAGUUUUAAGUGUGCUAAUUACGCGCAUAGAAGCCCCUGUAAACACGAUAUCAGUAAAAGGAAAAGCUUUCUUCUUUAUUUUUCCUAUAAGUCCUAUCCAUUCAAUUAGUCAUUUAAAAUGUGUUUUUAUGUAUCUAUUAAAUAUCCCUUCCUAACGUCCAGAUUGAGGCUGCACUGUCCAUGGAUGUAAUACAGGCAGUAGACGAAGCCAUUAGCUUCAUGAUCCAGCAGGACAAGAACAUAUUCCAGCAUACCUUUAGACGGGGUAGUAUCUACAACAUGAACAGAACCGUUGGAGUACGUUGUGACCCGACACCUCUGAUGCCCUGGAUGCAUGGGGCUGAUCUCUACGGGGCUCUUUCACGGGUAAGACGGUUAAGGGGUGUCACACCUAUUCAAUACCAGGUUGCAAAACGUUGGUUGGUUUCUUCUGAAUUUAAAUGGCAGUUGACCAAUCAGGUGCUUGCGAGACAAGAAAGGAAGAGAAGUCUUCUGGUGUAUAUUUUAUUAGUUUAAUGAAAAUUUUGUUUUAAAAAUUGUCUUCAGAAGUGGCCUCCACCAAUGUUCUCAAAGACCUUCAGACUCGAUGGUCAUAUUUUGCAAAGGCUUGAAAAACAAUUUAAAAAAUUUAUACUGUUGACCUCAAGCUAAAUUAUGAUUAACUGGGGUCCACAGUGCAAGCACUUUUAGGAACUGAUAUUUAUUUAAUAAUCAUUAAAAGCCUAAUUUAGAGGUUAUUGAAAUAAUAAUUACAUUGGAGAAAGACGUAGAAAGAAAGUUAGUGUGAAUGGGUUCGUUAUGAAGCUUGCUUAUGUUGUACACGCAGGUGCAGUUUCAAGGAGUGAGUGGAAACUUUCAGUUUGACAACUUCGGCCACCGGUCUAACUAUAGUUUUGACAUUUUCUCCAUGACAUCAUUUUCGCACCUUAGAAAGGUGAGUGUUUAUAUUUCAGGUUGUGUCUAACCCCCCCCCCCUUUUAAAGGCAAGAUAUGACCACAUUGUCCAGUAAAACUUGCUUAUUCUCAUCUAAUUAUGUUAAUCCAUUGAUGAUCUCAAAUGUUUGCCUACUAGACGUAGGUUUACAUCAUAUGGGAUUAGGACAAAUUGUCUAUGGACCUAAAAAAAUACUACGUUAGGAUGUUUUUUUCUAAAUACUCAAUUUGUUAGAAAAAAAAGAUGGCUAGAUUUUUUUUUGUUUCAAAUGCUUUAAAAAAAAAUUCAAUUAAAACUAAACUUCACUAUUCAUGAAUGGUUAUUUUGGUCUUGUUUACAUGGCAAUUCACCCUGCAUUCAAAUGGGAAAAUACCUGGUGAACUACUGAAUUAUUAAAAUUCUGUUACUGCAACUAAAAAAAGGGGGGGAAUUAUGUCUUGGAAAGUGUAAAGAUCGAAAGUCUUUGUAACAUCAAGUUAAAAAAAAAAACUGUAGGGCCUACUCAUUGGGAGGUCUUUGAAAUAUUCCCCAUUAAAACUCAUAAAUUGUUUUUUUUUAAAUCUUAAAUUUCAGAUAGGAAAGUGGCAUUCUCGUAUGGGAAUUUUACCAGAAGAAUGGAACAUCAGCAAGAAAGAAAUAACAGAAUCAGAGAAACAAAGAGAAAGCAUGAAAGUGAUCAUUACAUUAUUGGUAGGAAAGGAUACUGUAUGAUUAUAUGUUAUAGUCUGCACGCUCAUCAGCAAAGUUGAGUUUUUUUAGGCUCUAAGUGAAUGAUGAAAAGGAUAAUAAAUGCAGGUAUUUGCUGGGAAGAAUCCACACACAAAAAUGACAAGAUAUCCUUAAAUUAAAACUGGUGGUGGGAUCAGUUAUUAAAAGGUUUUACUCCAUGCCUCCAUAGGUCAUUGUUAAAUAAUUUUUUAAAAAAAAAUGUAUCAAAGAGCCAAGUGGGAAAGUCUUAUACUUAUACCUUGUAAAAUGAUUGUUUAAACCAGAUAUUUCAAAUCAAUCAUGAUUUAUUUUUGUAAAUUCACAUUAAAUUAUGUUUAAAAAUAUCCAUCCUAACGUGGAAAGAUUUACAAUGCGUAACAUCUCUUUUUAGCAACCACCAUUUUUAAUGAAGAGAGACUACAUGCCAAGAGGAGGCACGCCACAAAUUGAUCAGGACAGAUACGAAGGUUAAUAAAUAUAAAGAUACUGUGUUUAAUAAAUUUAAGCCCAAAAAAGAAGAGGUCUAUUCUGAAAUGCUUAGGAAAAUCAAAGAUGAAGUGUUAGGAUUUUUUUUAAAAAUGAAAUAAUUAAUAAAAAUAAAAAUCUUGACUUAACGACUGAAGUCCUGCUCUUUUAAUAAUGCUGGCAAGGAUACAUAAUUUUUUUAUGGAACAAAAAUUUCAAAUUCAAAUAGAAAUAUAAAAUUUAUAUUCCUAUUUGAAAUUUUAUGCUAUUGAUAUUGAGGUCCAAACAGUUAUCUUAUAAUAUAAUAAUAAAUAAAAUGUAUCUUGUUGUCAAGUACAUCUUGUUCUUACAUGGAAGAAUGAUGUAGGCUACUUUGCUGAAAUAAGCGUUAAGAUUACUGAAUAGCAUGCAAGUCUUUUUUUUUUUUUUUGCAACUGUUGUAAUGUGUCUUUCCUUGAUGUAACAAAACCUUUCUAUUCUAUUUUAUGCUCAGGUUACACAAAAGAUCUUGCUCAAGACAUUGCUAGCCAUCUGGGGAUAGAUUAUGUCCUGAGGAUUGCUGAAGAUGGGGAAUACGGCAAAUACCUGGGGAAUGGGACCUGGACAGGGAUGAUAGGUCAGCUGAUACGAAGGGUGUGUAGAAUUUGGUGUGACAUCUACUAACACAUUUUACUUGAUAAUUGGUAAAGUGGUAUUUAGUAAAUAGUAAGGAUUGGUUUAACUCGUGAUAACGGUGUGUUAAUAUUUUACUCAAAUAAUCCAAGAGGUGUAAAAGAGUAUGAUCGUAAACUUAAACAGAGAUUUAAAAAACAAACAUUUUAUGACUAUUGGCACAAUGUACUAAAUUUGAUAAUUCAUUUCAUAAUUUUACUAAUCACUUAGCUAUGACACCAAAAAUACAUUAACUAGUGGAACAGUUGCGUCACAAUUUCAAAGGAAUUUAAGUGAUAGUUUCUCAUAACAUAGUGAAGCACUGUAGGAAUACACUUGUUAUAUCCAAUUUUAUUGUGAUUCAGAAUACACUUGUUACAUCCAAUUGUAUUGUGAUUCAGAUAAUUGUGUAAUUUAAAAAAAAUUUUGAAAGUCCAGGAGUAAAAAAAAAAAGAUUAUGAGGAUACUAAUCUGUAACUCUAUGCAGACAGCCGAUAUAGCCAUUGGCCCGCUGACUAUCACAUCAACACGGGAGAGGGCUUUAGAUUUCUCCACACCUUUCAUGAACACGGGCAUUUCCGUCAUCAUGGCCAAACCACAGAAACAAAAGGCAAACUUGUUUACGUUUAUGGAGCCUUUCUCCCUGUCCCUGUGGAUCAGCAUCCUGCUGGCUUACAUUGUGGUCAGCAUUUCAAUUUUCAUUGUGUGCAAGUAAGUUAUGUGAACCAAACACCUUUAAUAAUGAUUAACUCUAACCUGAUUUAUGUAAUCUACAAGUGUGGAAUUGAGCCUUCCAUACCUGUCAAGAAAUAUUAGUAAUUAUAGAUGUUUUAAUACAGAAAAAAAUAGUUUGUUUUAAAAAUGACAUUAGUGAUUAGAAUUUAAACAAAAAUGUUUUCAGAUCUAACCCAACUGAACCCAUCCAGGAUAAUUAUCCAGAGGAAAUGGAGAAUGUGUGCCGAUCAAAAAUAACAUUGUCCAAUUCAUUUUGGUUUGCUAUUGGAGCUUUGAUGUCACAAGGGAGCGAUGUCAUUUUAAGGUAGCUGAAAUUUCCUUGAGUUUUUAUGUAUUUGAGCUUCAAUGAUAUUAAUCAUAUAUUUGUUAUUUCACUUUUCAAGCUUUUCCAGAUGUUUCAAGAAAAACUUCCUGAAGUUUUUUGGAAAAAGAAAUAUAGGCCUAUUUUAAUUUUAUUUUCAAAAUGUUUUCAUAUUUUCUGUGAGUAAAAUCUCCAAGAAUUAAAAAAAAAUUUGUUUAUAUCAUUGUCUUUAAAAAUGUAAUUUACAUUGUCUAAGCGACUAGACUAUUCAGUAUAAUGUGAUUGAAAAGGCUAUUCUUAAAACAAGAUUCAUUAUAAAUAAAAUUCAUGUUCUUAAAGAGCAAAAUUAAAAAGAAAGAACUUAAAUAUUCUUUUAAUUUCUUCAAACACCUACUAUUAUUUAUAAAAUAAGCUUCAAUUGCAACAAAAGAUUUUUAAAAAAUUGCUUACUUACUUGACCUUUUUAAAAUUAUGUAUGUUUUCUAAAGCUUCACUUGCGUGAAAUUAUGUUUUAUUUUUUUUUCAGAACCCCAGCUAGCCGACUGAUUGGAGGAGUUUGGUGGUUUUUCGUUCUGAUAAUCCUCUCAUCAUACACGGCCAACUUGGCCGCCUUCCUGACAGUGGAGAGAAUCGUUCAGCCCAUCACCUCGGUGGAUGACCUCCUCCAGCACAGCGAAAUUUCCUGUGGCAUGUUAGAAACUGGAUCGACCAGGGAGUACUUUGAGGUAACAGAGUUUUGUUACAGUUUCAUGCAAAAAAAUAAAUAAACGAAAACAGCUUUUAUGUGCCAUCCUUAAUAUUUCACGUUUCUUCUAGUCCAGUUUGCAGUAAAAAAAAUAGAUUGAAGUGUUAAGCUUUCCCUGUCAUCCACAACAUUAUUACAAAAAGGAUUUAGUGUUGGCCUGUAGGUCUCCAUUUACAUUUCUUAAAUUUCAAUUCCAUUAUGCAUUUUUAAAUAUUUUGAACAAUUUAUCAAAACGUCACUUAAAUUUUCAAAUUUGAUAUCUGUUUUUUACAUGAGAGGGUCAAAAGUCCAACACCUUGUGUAUAAGUAUCACAAGGGGAAGGUUUAUAUUUUUUUUCAAAUGAUUCAAAUGGUCAGAGGCUCAAAAUCACCACACCAGUUACCCUCCCAAAUAUUAGAAAUUAUACUGGCUAACCUAAAAAAUUAUUGACACUGAACAAAAAUAAAAUAAUAGUGCGAAGUGCAAUAACUGGCACAUGUUGCAUAAAUACAUCAAUAAAUAUGGCUUUAAAUUCUUUACCACACAUAUAAAUAAAUAUAAUUUUCUCUAUUAAAAUUUCAGACAUCAAACAUCAGCACCUUUCGUAAGCUGUGGGCUUCCAUAUCAGACUCUUACCAGAAAGUCAUGGUCAAAUCUAUAGAGGAAGGUGUGCAGCGGGUACAGGUAGGCCCUAUUUACUACAAGUUUAUAAUAGUGUUGAGCCUAGUAUGUUAAAACUUAAUUUCAUUGUCUGACUUUCCCAGUGGCAGAUCCUAGCAACAAGGCAGAGCCUUGUAUUUGUUUUUGAAAGUUACAUGUGAAGUGCAUUUAAAAUAUAAUCAUAUUUAAAGAUAUUACUUUUCAACACCCCCCCCCCCAUACACACACAUAAACACUUUGAGAUAAUAUGAAUUCCUAGGGCACACCUUUUGAAACUGAUGAUUUAGGACAACCCAGCUCCUUGAAAAUUGUCAAUGUUGUUUACAAGAAAUGGAUUGUGGGAGAUUUUUCUUCACAUUUGUUUUAUUUGAAUCCUAGUUAAAUUGAAUUAAAAUUUCAUCCAACGCCUUAUUUUCUACAGACUUCAUAACCAAAUCAGUAAUAUAAAUAAGAGUGUAUGCCCUUUACAGAGCUCGGGGGGAAAGUAUGCCUUCAUCCUUGAAUCUUCCAUGAGUGAGUACUACAGCACCAAGAUGCCAUGCAACACUGUGGUUGUGGGAUCUAAGUUUUACACUAAAGGAUUUGGCGUGGCUACAUACCAGAAUGCCAAGUUGAUGUAAGAUUCUUGGAGAUCACAGUAACUUGGGUCAAAGAAUAAUAGAGGGUUCAAAGGCAUGAGUACAUUAUGCUCAGAUCAAUGAUUUUCAAAUAUUUGGUCACAAUAUAAAAGUGACAAAGUCUAAUUCGAACAAGGUAUUUGUUGCAAGUUAACCAAAAAACUUCUGGAAAUAAUAUAAUACAAUUAUAAAUAUAAUCUAUUAUAUUUCCCUUGACUGAUACUCAACACUGAAACCUUUUGGUUGUUUUAUUUUUAUAUCACGUUAUGGUGUGUUGAAGAUUUUUUAAUAAUUCGUUCUUGUGUGUGUAUAUGAAAAAGUUUGAAAAAGACAGGGUUAGAUCUCCAUUGUUUUUAUAUGAUAAGCCAAUACUCUCUAAACUGUAAGAUGACUGUGGUACAAGUUUGUUUAAAAAUAAAAAAUGUCCAAAAUUAUAUAUUGGGGCAAUAUUCAUCACCUACAAAUAACAAAUAGUUUGAAGACUUAUUCUGGUCAAUAGAGCAUGAUUUUUUGAGAGAGUCUUGACAAUGAAUAGCUUUCAUCGAAUACUAUGCUUGAAAAGUUUAUAAAAUAAAAUAAUAGUGUUAAAAAUAAAUGUGACCCAUCUAACAAAAGACUUUUUUUUUUUUUUUUUUUACACAUAACAGGCAGGAUAUAAACUAUGUGAUACUCAAGCUAAAAGAGGAUGGAAGGCUACACAAGCUGAAACAAAUUUGGUGGGAUGAAAAAAAUGAGUGUGGCUCAAUUCUAGAGAACAAGGUAGACUAUUACAUUAUAAUCUUAAUAUUAUUGUAAUGCUUCGAUUUGGACUUCGGUCAUAUUGUCAUAUUGUACAAGUGCUUUUUUCAUUUGGUUAUUUUUGCAUUAAUUAUCUUACUUUUGCAUAAAUAAAUAAUUCUAAAUAAUUUUAAUAUGUUCAUGUUGUCAGGAAAAUUCAAAUUAAGAGUAGGGGGGCAUGAAUUAUAUAAAUUUUUCUCUGCCUUGUGAAAGAAAACGAUAUAAUUGCCUAUUCUGAUUCUUUUUCGUAUUGGUUGCAAUUGCAUAGGUUAAGUGGACUUAAACCCGAUUGAUUUGAGCUGCCCGCAUAAAUUUAUUAAUAUUUACAAUUUCUAAUGUGUGUGCGUACACACCCUUUCCUUCUGCAGGAUUCAAGGAAGCAUUCCUUAGAGAUGAGCAGUGUUUUAGGCAUAUUUCUUGUGCUUAUUGCUGGACUAAUGGUUGCUAUA